UCCUGCCGUUGUAGUCUCUCUGUCCGAGCCGUCGGCCAACCAAACGCACACCCGGAUCCCGGCGGCCGCCGUACAACGUUGCGCUGCUCAGUCCGUUUCCCUACCACAUUCACACAUUAUCACCACUCACACACUACACACACUCACCAUUCAAUUCACACUUAAACUCAUUAAUAGACACCCAAAUUAUUCAUUAACACCUACACACACACCAAUUAACUUACGCUUAUUACUUAAAAAAUUACACAUGCGAUAUAAUCAUGUCGCUCUUGUGCAGUGCACCGUUUAAUGCGCAAUGAUAAAAAUUAUUCAUUUCGAUCAUUUGUUUUUAAAUUAAUAGUUUCUGAUUCAUUUUAACUUUCAUGCAACGCAAAAAUAGUUAGCUCCGUUUACCGAUAAAUCGUUUUUUAUUAAACGUGCGCCAGUUUUUGUUGACGCCUAACCGUCACGAUUUCAAGACAUGACUCUCAAGACCAUCGGCUAUCCAAAGAAUAUUUUCUAGGCCAUUCCGCCGGCCACGGUAGUGGUGGUGGUCGUCAUUUCCACUGCCACUGAACCAUCGCCAACGUCACCUACGGCGAGUCUAUGCUCACUUAGGUUGUAAUGGGCGCGUCGAGAAACUCUGGCUGCCAUGUUGGACAGACGGAUGCACGCAGCACUCGGUCUGCACGACACACAAGCAGAUCACCGGCAAUGCACAGGCAUUCGGCGCCCAGUGGCCGCAUCUUCUGCGACAGCUGAGGUGGCGGCGUCGUUGGUAAGGCGCCGGUGGCGGCCAGCACCAUGGUGUCGCCCGCAGGAUGAAGAAGCAAAACGUCCGCACAUUAUCGUUGAUCGUUUGUACGUUCACCUAUCUGCUCAUCGGUGCCGCCGUGUUCGACGCUCUAGAGUCCGAAACGGAAAUACGCAGGAAACAAGCUCUGGACUCCAUCGAACGAAUGAUCAUCAACAAGUACGAAAUAUCGCCAGACGAUUAUCGAUUGAUCGAGACGAUUGUGUUGAAAUCGGAACCGCACAAGGCAGGCCAACAGUGGAAGUUCGCCGGAGCAUUUUACUUCGCCACUACGGUCCUCACCACCAUAGGUUACGGACAUUCGACGCCGAACACGACACCGGGAAAGCUGUUCACAAUGUUCUAUGCGAUGGUAGGCAUUCCGUUGGGCCUGGUAAUGUUCCAGAGCAUCGGCGAGCGGCUAAACAAGUUCUCGUCCGUUGUGAUAAGGCAGGCAAAAAGGGCACUGGGUUGCAAACGCACAGAAGCCACCGAAAUAAAUCUCAUUUUUGUCGUCUCUUUCUUGUCCAGUCUAACCAUUGCGGGCGGGGCGACCGCCUUCUCCAGCUACGAGGGCUGGACGUAUUUUGACUCGGUCUACUAUUGCUUCGUAACGCUCACCACCAUCGGAUUCGGUGAUAUGGUAGCCCUGCAGAAGAACAACACGUUGAACGAGAAGUUAGAAUAUGUCGCGUUCACACUAAUUUUCAUUCUGUUUGGACUUGCCAUUGUGGCUGCUUCGCUCAAUCUGUUAGUUCUCAGGUUCGUAACAAUGAACACGGAGGACGAGAGGCGAGACGAAGCUGAAGCGUUACAGGCGGCUCAAGUAGCAGUAAGGUUGGAAGGAGACGUGAUCACUGCUCACGGUUCGGUGUCCAGUUUGCCAAUAGGCAGCAUAGCGGCGGUCACGAUGACCACCGGAAAAGGUUCCAUAUCACCGGACGAUAACACUUCGGUUUGCAGUUGCAGUUGUGACCGAUGGGCAUCCAGUAGUGGUUACCGGCCCGGUUCCCCGUACCUGCCCAAUUCAGCCAUUAGCGUCGGUGACACUGCUGUCCAGCACAUACCAUUGGAGACAUUCUACGACGCGUGUAGUCCUCCCAAUGUAGUUGGCAGUCACCAAGAGAAUCACGACCAAUAUUUGAUGAAUCCCUAUAGGGCAUCCAUUUGACGUCUGUUUGCCGGUGGCGGUUACGAGUACAAGUCGUUUGCGUAACACAAAUCGCACCUUAACAUUUAUCAACUGUAAAGCAGUAAAGAAUAGGACACGACUCGGACAGGCAAAAAAAGCUCAAUUAACGCAUCAAUUGCAACUUGGCUGUUAUUUAAAAAAAUAAUUUGUGAAAUAUUAUUGCUCUACAUUAGUUAUUGUGUAACAAUAUUAAUUAUGGAGCCCAAAAAUAAAAUAAAAAAAUGUUCACGCGGCGAGUUGGGAAGUGCUAUGCAAUUGUAAAAUAGACUAAAAAUAAUGUUCUAAACUUGAAACCGGAUUAUCAAAGAAUGAUAUUAUUUUUUUAUAAUACAUUCUUAAAGUAAUAAUGGCGAAUCGUCUUCUCCUUGGAAUUCAACAGACUAAUAAACUUCCCUCCGGUCGUUUUGUACACGGAUAAAUUUCAAACGUAAAAUCCAAAAGAAAAUAUAGGCUUGCAUACUUGAUUUUAUUACAAUAUAUCAAAGAUAUGUGGUCACUGACAAUGUAAAUAAUAAUAUUGUAUGCAUAGGAGAAAAAUAGAAAAACAAAUAAUAUUCACAUUAUCUUCGAACGAUUUCGCUGUUCAUAUAUCUUGUUCUUUUUUUUAUUAAAAAUUCAUUUUUAUUAUUUUUUAGGAUUUUAAUUAAUAAUAAAACUAGUAAUAAUAUAGUUUUCAUUAAAUAAUUGUCGACUCAUUCUCGUUAAAAUUAUAGUAAGUCUAAAGUGACAAAAAUAAAUAUAUGUAGCGAUUUAACCUGUGCUACAACUUAAUACAGCUUCAACAAUAUUAUUUGCAAUUAUAAAUCAUUAAUAAUCAUUUUUCAAGUUAAAAUUUAAAUACUUUUUAUAUUUUUAGCUUUUAAAGAUGAAAACGUCUAAUCGAUAUGCGUUCAUUCACUUAUUAACAACCCGUAGGAAACUUAUACUUUUUUUAUAAUAAUAUUUUAACUACUUUUUAUUUAACUUGUUAUAAUUUAAUUUUUUUUAAACUACACUUUAAUAGUUAAAAAAAAUGUUUAAAAGUUAGUUACCUAUUCAUUGUUCUUAUAUUGUACGUUUAAUUAUUUUUUAAAUUAUUAUGUACAUAAACUAAAUAAGUUAUAUUCAAAUAUAUAUUGUACAUACAUUUUUACAUUUAUCAUAAUUAUUAGCUAUAUAUUGUUUUUAAAUAAAGCUAUUAUCACUUACCUCAAGAUGAACAUGUUGAUCUUUUCCCCUAGCCGUAAUUGUUAGGCAAGGCAAGAAUAUCACCAUCACUAAGUUUUGAUAGUCUCUACACACUUUGAAAAUACUAAAAAAUAAAUCCCUUCCAACAUUUUAUAGGGGUUUAAGGAGUUAAUAACCGAGUACGUAUAUACGAGAUAGAUAAACUGUCAA